AUGAUCUACUGCAUGGACUGCGCAGAGAGCGCCCCGAUGCUGUCACGAGCUCUAGCCAAGUCCUUAGAGGAGCCCGAGCUGACCAUCGACGCCGGCCUGGCCCGGAUUUUCCUCAUCAGCGACAUCCUCCAUAACUCCGCCUUGAGCAGCUCUCGUGGGGCAACUCGCUACCGGAGCAACCUGCAAGAGUUGCUUCCGGGGGCCUGCGAGCAGUUUGGCUUCUGGCUGCGAGGGAAAGGGAGGCAGUCGUUGAGACAGUCCCGAUCUGAAGCGGCCGUUCGGCAAGUCCUCGACUGCUGGCGCGACUGGUCCAUCUUCCCGCCUCUGUUCCCCGCUGGACUCGAGGCGCUCCUCUUUGCGGAGAUCCCGGAGGACACCGAUACGAAAGCCAAGGGUGAUCAGGAUCUGGAGCUCCAGGCGAAGCUGGCGCACUGGCGAGAUCCAGGCACGGCCCCCCGGGCCCCCUACGCCGCGCGGCUUCGGGGCCUUGCCAAUUCCACGCUUCCCGUGGCCGCUUGUGUGCUACGGCUGUGCCACUUUGAGCGCUUCUGGCACACUGCCGACCCUGCACGACGUCAGCGUGCGGGUAUCCGAUCCCCCGGCGAAGGGGAGAAGGCUUGCUUGCAGAAAGAAUGGGACGGCGAGUCCCUCAGUGAGGAUGAUGAGUUGGAUGCGGAUGGGGAGUCGUUCUCUGAGGCUGCAUGGCCCAUGCUCGGGCUCACCCAGUGGCCUCACGGCAUUGGCAUGGACCCAGGUAGAAGACACGCUUCUGCGAGAGCUGGGGGCGAAAAAGAGCUCGGCUCUGCUGGAUGUGAAGAAAAGAGCACACGUAAUCACUUCAAUAUAGGACAGUCGACCGGGAUCCGAAUACUUCAGUGUCGGCAUGUUCUUCGAAGCUGCUACGUAGGCGAUAUAUGCGCGCAGAUACGAAGAAAAGAUAGGUCGAAGAGGCCCCAAGCGGGAAGUCGGAGAUGUAGCGGUGUAACGUAUUCAGCAUGGCGUCUAGAUAUGUAUAUCUGUGGUUAUGUAUGUACCGCUUUGCGUACGAUGUACUGCUCGCUUGCUUGGUGUACAAAGACAGGCCAGGUUUUGCACGGUUGCCAUAGAACGAGCUCAGCAGCUGUAGGCAUUUUUUUGGUUUUGAGUGUGUAUGUAAGUAAGUCAGUCGGCAGUAGGCAUGCGUCUAUGUACAUAUGGUGUGUAGUGCAUAUGUAG